AUGCACCGCGGCGAGCCCACCCCUACGGUCUUGGUAGUCGGCUGCGGCUACGUCGGCGAGCAACUGGUUGCUGCCUUUUCACGCGCGUACAACGUCUUCGCCCUCGACGUCUCCGCUGCCCGCCGUGAGAUUCUGCGCGAGCAAUACGCCGGCAACAUCAACGUCACCGUCAUCGGCGAUGUAGCCGACUCUGCUGAUGCGCGCGACUUCGACCUCGCCCUCAUUUCUGUUCCUACCCUUCUCGAGAAGGACGGGCAAAGCGUCAACACCAACCACAUCAAGUCUGCCGUCGAGGUCGUCACCCGAUACGCCAAGCCUUACUCCACCGUCGUCGUCGAAUCAAGUGUCACGGUGGGCAUGACGCGCAAUCUCCUCUCCGACCUCCGCAAGCGCAACGUCUUUGUCGGCUUCUCACCAGAACGUGUCGACCCUGGUCGUACCUUCCCUGCCUUUGAGGAUAUUCCCAAGGUUAUCUCGGGCAUCGACAGCGAAUCACUGGAGCGCGUGCAAUUCUACUACGACCGCAUCUUCGCGAGGACUGUACCGACCAAAAGCAUGGAGACGGCCGAGUUCACCAAGCUGUUCGAGAACUGCCAAAGACUCAUGCUCAUCACCUACGUCAACGAGAUGGCGGACGCGUGCGCGCUCCAUGGCGUUGACAUCCAAGACGUUUGCCAAGCUGCAGCAAGCAAGCCCUUUGGUUACACGCCUUUCACCCCCAGCCUGGGCGCCGGUGGUCACUGCAUCCCAGUGAACCCUUACUACCUGCUCGUCAACAAUGAUCUGCCUUUGUUGCGCCAUGCCGCCGAAUCCAACAAGGAGCGCGCCUACGCCAAGGCGGAAGAGAUUGCCGGCUUGGCCAAGAAAAUUUCGAGCCUUAAGCAGAACGGUACACGCUCAGCAGCAGGCCGAGUACUCAUCUACGGAGUCGGCUUCAAGAAGGGGUCGGACUGCCUCUCCCACUCUCCCUCCCUCGUCGUGGCCGAUGAGCUCGCGCGAAUGGGCGUCGACGUGGCUUACGUCGACGAUGCGGUCGAAGGGCUCAAGCACUUGCGCAUCCCCAGCGAGACGUUGCAGCGCAGAGUACCCGGUGCGGCCGAGGGAGAGGAGGAAUACCUCCUCGACGCGUCCUUCGACGUCGUCGUCGUGGCGCACAAGCCUGACGCACCGCAUCGUGCCAUUUUCGAUCAGCUGCGUCGCACGCAGGUCGUGUACUUUGCCAAGUAG